AUGUCUCACCUAAAUCCUUCAUCUGCAGGCCGCAUCCUACCCGGCACUGCUCCAGGGGAUUCCGGCGCUGGUUUGGCAGACAAUAACAACAUCAACAACAACAGCGCCAACAAUCAGCCGGAUGUGGAACUUCCCAUCCCAAUUGAUCCCAGACUCCAAAUAAGCGUCGGUAGUACCCAGCAGCCGCAGGAGUCGCGCCUUGUUGAUGUUAAUGCAACCGAGGCCAUUCAGCCUGAAAACUUCCACCGAGACAGAUCUCCCUCAGGGGACACUCUGCUCCAGGACCCGGAACAAGACCCGGUGGAAGAGGCUGCAGGCCAGAGCUUGCCUAAGCCACAACAGACCCGACAAACCGCCAGCCAGGCCGUCGAUUCGCAGCUGCCGAAAAGGGUGGAGAAGCCGCAGAAGCCAAAGGACCAGCCUGACGUGACUGGGAGGCAUUCAGCCGCAGAGAUCGCUGCUGUCGAAGCGUUCAAAACCCAAUUCUGCGAGGCCAACAGCAUGUCAGGCGAGGACUUUGGCCGUAUGGUCCAGCACCGUGAGACCGAAAACGGAGACUUCUCAUCUCUAGGUUCCAACUUGACGAGAUCCGAAUUCUGGGACCUAUUGUACGCCCUUACGCCAGGUCGACGGCCCCGCGAUGUCCAACGUUACAUGCGCUCCCACUACGUGGCCACCUCUCAGAAGCCACGCAAGUGGACAAAGGAACAAGACGACGAGCUAGUCGCAUUGCACGUUGAGCAUGGGCCCAACUGGGCCAAGAUCGCCGAGAUCUUGGGCCGUGCUCGCGACGACGUCAACACUCGCUUUCGCAAACGUGUGCAACAUCGAGACACCCAGACCCGCGGGCCAUGGAGUUCCAACGAGUGCACGCGUCUCGAGAGCGCAGUGCGACAAUGGCUGGAUAUCGCCCAGUUCCCCGCAACGGCCAUCUAUACCACCAGUGACUCCAAGCCGGGGGACAUCUACCGGAUAGACCCCCGUUAUAUCCUGUGGACGCAGGUGAGCGAUUUCAUGGGCAACACGAGGACCAGGGAGCAGUGCUCGGCGAAGUGGAAGACGAUGCGGUUGAAGAAGGGAAGGGAAACUUCCAGCCCCAGUUGA